AUGUCAACAAAUCGUCGUCUAAGACAAUAUUACGGACUAGAAACAUCAGAAACAAACAAUGAAACAGAUAUUGAUUCUCCCAACUUCAAUUCUGAUAAAUAUUUUGCCGAAAACACGAAAAAUGAAUCAAUUCACAACAUUAUCGCAACUCAAAAUCAAAUCAUCUCCGAGAUUCGUACAUAUGAAAACGAGCUUCAAACUAUUGUUUAUGGCAACUAUCAGAAGUUUUUACAUGCAAAUGAUGCAGUUAGUGAAUUUAAAGAACAAAUUGUAGAUUUACGUGCACAAGUUGAUCACCUCAAGGAGCAUUUUACGGAAAUGCAAAAGAAAAACAAUGAAAUUGAAACCAAAUACGGUAAAACGAAAGAAGAAGUUGUUAGUUUAACCGGCAUUUCUAGACUUCUCGAAAGAGUUAAGUUCAUAAUGAAUCUACCCAAAGAACUUAAAAACUGUUUAAAAACAGGAAAUUACAAGAAGGCUGUUAAUAUUUGGCUAAAAGUCGAAAAAAUUCUAACAAAUAACAGUAACAUUCCAUCAUUCCAGGGUAUUCAUUCCACAUGUACAGAAAUUAUGGAAAAGAUAAAAUCCGAAAUUUCUAGCCAUAUGGUAAAUACAGAUAUUUCGGUUUCUGAAUCAAUUGAAUAUGCAAUUCUUCAAGUACGCCUCGGAUAUUCAUUACAACUUAUUUGUUCUUCACUUGCUUUCCAUGAAUACCUUAUUAUUGACAACAGACUCGAAGAUGAUUCUAAACCUGCCGGCCCAAUUGAAUUACUUGAACAAGUCGACCAACUUGCGAUUCACAAUGCAACAGAAUUUGUUUCCCUAUUCAAAGAAAAGCUUAUUCCACUGGAAAACGAGAAUUCAGAAAAAAUAAGCAAGGUUUUAUCAGAUUUUACAUCAAACACAUUCGAGAGAGUUUGCAAAUUCGUUAGUAGUGGCGUUAAUCUUACAAAUCUCUCAGUAGAUGACUUCUUUUCCUACUUAAACAAGUUUGAUACUUUAUUAACUCCGAUUGCAACUUCAAAACAGCUUUCUGAUUACACACAUAAUGUUAUUGUAAAAUAUAUCGAGGGGGUAACAGAGAAAAUCUAUCAAACAACCGUAGAAUUCUUAAAUACAAAUAUUAAGUCAAAUGCAGAUGAUUUGUCUAAAUCUGUAACAGAACCGAUACUAAAUCUGAUUUCACAGUUUGCACCAUACUCAGCAAAUUACGGCGAAUGCGUAAUGACUCUUGCAAUACAAAUUCAAUUAUCUCUUAUCAAAUUAUUCGAAGUAUUCAGGUCUACGCCUGGUGAUGAUGUACUUGCUCUCUCUAAGGUAGCUCAAAGGCUUUCUGAAGGUGAAAUUAAGGGAAUUUAUUCAAGAAUUUCUGAUAUCGAGCAAGGUAUUCCAUCUUUAUCAGAUGAAUUAACUGUUGCAGCCAAAAGAACAUCUGAGCAAUGUCUUCUUGCUUUUAUCACAGCUGCAAGGCAACAAAUUGACUUGCAGCUCAUUAAAGACAUGUCGGAUUACAAUUCCUACCCGGAGGAAGAACCGAUCUCCCCAUCUCAGGCAGCCAUCAACCUAAUGACUACUCUCAAAGAUUACAGCCAGAGAGUUGCAGCUCUUUUCAAUCCUGCCGAUUAUGCUGGCACUUCUUCUCCAAGAAAAACUGUUGUUUCUUCAUCGAAUGUAGCCACAUUUAAUGGUGUUCGUGAUGCUAGUGAUAUUUCGCAGAUGUUCCAUCAAGCAACAUUCGGCAGAUUAUUCCUGAAUCCGAAGAUUUCUAUGGACCCAGCCGAAAUUAUCUUUUCAUUGAUUAUUUAUUCAGUGAAAUCAUUCCUUGAGUUUGUCAGGAACAUGACAUACUCAAAGUAUGGUUUUCACCAAGUCCAAGUUGACUGUUUCUGCCUAUCAAACAUAUUCCAGUUCGUCGAUAAAGUUGGAUUUGAACGAAUCGACUCAGAACGAACUGGAAUUGUCACAUUUGUUCUUGAAGAAGCUGCAUAUUCAGCAGGAGACAGGACAUAUGAUAGAGAUCCCCUUCAGUUGACAGCUCUUCACUCUAUUUGGGAUGUUUAUAUGGAAAAGCAUCAAUAA